AGAAAGCAUCAUUAUCAUUCACCAGUCCCGUUGAGGACCUUCGGGUCAUCGACAUCUGCUCACGGGUCCUCGUCAUCACGAAAUCUUGACAAAAAUGGCCCGACCAAUGCAAAUUUACUGGGACACCGUUAAGAACGAGCAGCCGACGCUGCAGUGCCUGCAGAGGGUGCAGCGGGACCUGGUGGAGUUCCACGCCGACCCCCCGCCGGGAGUUUUCAUCGUCCCGGAAGAGAGCGACAUGAGCUUGCUGCACGCCAUCGUCGUGGGCCCCUGGGGCACGCCCCUCGAAGGUGGCCUCUUCCGCUUGCAGUUGAAGUGCCGGCCCGAUUACCCGAUGCGGCCGCCUCGUGUGCGUUUCCUGACGGGCGCUGGGAAAGUAUCCUUCAACUCGCACAUCUACGGUGAGCACAUCUGCCUCAGCCUACUAGGCACGGCUCCUAAUGGACCGAGUUGGAGUUCCGCCCUGAGCAUCGGCAGCCUGCUCGUCUCCAUACAGUCCUUCCUGGCAGACGGCGCUAUGGAGUUCAUGCGCCACAACGCGAUUAGGGUAGCCGUAUGCGACACGCUCGAACUCUGUCUACAAGAAACAUCCGAGCCUCCCAUGCCCCCAGCUCUCACGCAGAAGGUCCUCAAGUACUUCUCCGACAACUACGCAAAGUACGAGGACGCGGUCCAGGCGCAAAUUAAUUCCUGGGGGGUGCUCUCGUGGAUUUUUGGUGUCGUGUACGGCAGUUACGAACCACUGCUAAAGCGACUUCGCGACAUCAAGAAGAGGAUCGACGAAAAGAACGUGACGGCCAACGGGCAACAAAACAAGGAAUGAGACAAUGGUACUUCAUUACUCGAGUGCACGAACACAGCGUCGGCUCUGCACCUGCCCACGCGCCGUCUAAACUCAAGAUGAAGGGCUCUUGAACUGUUGCGGACAUUACCUAGAUAAAAAACAUAAAUUGGGCCGCUGCCGUUACAUAGGAAAGCGGUUUUUCCCGUAAUUGGAAUAAAGAAGACUUUGUAAAGCAACGAUAAAGCUUAGAA